CCUCCCCUUGUUCCCGCCGCCCCUGCCGCCGGACCCUGGGAUCCCCGUGUGGUCAGUCGCGUUUCCGCCCGCGGAGGCAGCAAGUCAGCAGGGGGGGAGGGGAGGCGGUGUUGAGCGGUUGUCGAUGCGGAUUGGGGGUGGGGGCCUCCUCUCAGACUAAGCAGCGGGGUAAGGGGGGAGGUGGGGGGGCCGCUGGCAAGGUACCCUGAACGCUCACCCCCAAGCUCAUAGAUUCAACCUGGGAGUCUCAGCGGCGCGCGUGCCGCCUGGAGCUGGGCCUUGCCCUGGGCUGCGACGCUCAGGAAACACCGCGGCUUCACUUGAGGCCUAGAAGUUAAUUUUUCGUUCUGGGAUACUUUUGGGACUGUGUUUUAUUGACGGAACUAACUAGGAUAAACUGCAGCAAGAGCUGGCUGGGUUUGCGUCUCCUGCAUGCUGAGAAUCCCAGUCCACCCAGCUCUUAUCCGUGGUUAUUAAUAGGGCGGCUGGGGAGGAUAGUGAGGGAACGAUCAUCUUUGGUCUACAGAGGACUAGGUCUGAAGAGAUUACUGGGACUUCACGGCCACUGGCCUGUCUAAAGGUUUCCUCAUGUCCGUGAAGUGUCUUUCGAGGUUCUGCGGCUCCCCGCCCUCGGUGUGGUCAGUCGCUGCGAUUCCGACCCCGUGAUUCUCUCCGACCGCCGUGCCGGACGUCAUGAGCAUUGCAAUCCCUCUGGGAGUCACCACACCAGAUACAUCCUAUUCAGACAUGGCCGCCGGAUCAGACCCUGAAUCAGUAGAAGCUAGCCCAGCUGUCAGUGGGAAACCUGUUUAUGCUACCCAUAACUACCCUGGCACCCAGAGUCAUGGCUACAGAGGCCUGCCAUAUGCAGUAAGUAUGCCACCCACAUUGCAGGACCACAACUAUGGUGCCCCUCCACCACCUACCCCUCCUGCAUCACCACCUGUCCAAGCAGUCAUCCCUCGAGCAGAGCACAAUGGGAUUCACUCACCGGAUGAGGAGGAGAACACUGGGGAGAGCGACAGCUCCUCGGAGGGAGAUGACGUUACCAACUGGUGCCAGUGCAGCCUCUCCCAGGAAGGGUUUCUCAUCAAGUGUGAGAAGUGCAAGGGUGCAAAUCAUGGAAAAGUCAUCCAGCUUAAUCACAGGAAGCAGGACAAUGUCUCAGGAGGUGAAAGUAGCGCUACAGAAAGUUGGGAUGAGGAACUAUCUCCAUCCACCGUGCUAUAUACAGCUACCCAGCACACACCAACCAGCAUUACUCUCACAGUUAACCGGGUUGGAAAAAAUAAACCAAAAAAAAGAAAGAAAAGCACCGACAAGACUCGUACUACUCCAAAGGCAAAGAAAAUAAAGGCUUUCCGGGAAGGCUCACGCAAGUCCUUGAGAAUGAAGAACUCUCCAUCCAAUGCUCACACGUUGGAUGAAAACACCACGGAAGACUGGGAGAAUCGGAUUCGCCUGUGGACUGACCAGUAUGAAGAAGCCUUCACCAACCAGUAUAGUGCUGAUAUGCAGAACCUGCUGGAGAGUCACGUUCGCUCUAACAAAGAGCUUAUUGGCAAAGCUGCAGCUGUUGAAACGAUUAAAAAGACUGAGCUGGCUUGUAAUAAUACAGUUGUCGGCUCACAGAUGCAGUUACAGUUGGGACGAGUCACUCGUGUGCAGAAACAUCGCAAGAUACUACGGGCAGCAAAAGAUCUGGCACCUAACACCUUAGUAAUAGAGUAUCGUGGAAAGGUCAUGCUACGGCAGCAGUUUGAGGUCAAUGGGCACUUCUUUAAGAGACCAUAUCCCUUUGUGCUGUUCUAUUCUAAAUUCAACGGUUUAGAGAUGUGUGUGGAUGCUCGUACCUUUGGAAAUGAUGCUCGAUUUGUAAGGAGAUCAUGUACACCUAAUGCAGAGGUUCGGCACAUGAUUUCAGAUGGUAUGGUCCAUCUUUGUAUUUAUACUGUUGCUGCUAUUGCAAAAGAUGCUGAAGUCACCAUUGCCUUCGAUUAUGAUUACAGUAACUGUAAUUAUAAAGUGGACUGUGCAUGUCAUAAAGGCAAUCGGAACUGUCCUGUUCAGAAGAGGAAUCCUACUCAUGUAGACCUGCCUCCACCAGGCCCUCCUCCUGCGGUAUCCAUUGGUGCAGAAACUAGGCGAAGGAAAGCCCGACGGAAAGAGCUUGAGUUACAGGGCAAUGUUGAGGACCGUGUCAGCCACCUAACAGGGGAACCAGCAAAGACACUUGUUGGAGUUUUACCUGCUAGUGACCAAGAGGUACUGGAAGAGAAGACUGCAGAGCCUGCUGCUCCUGUGGUUGAGGAGAGGAGAAGGAAACGUAAAGAUCCAGCAUUGGAGCAAACCCUUCCUGAACCCAAGGUCCCAUCUAUUGUUGAAGAUGUUAAGCCAUCAGAAGAGUCCUCUCCGGUUGAAGCUACAGAUCCUGUGGCUGAAAGUAUGGAGGCAGAAGAGACUGCUGCUAACAGUGUUGGAGUUAACACACGAAGAUCUUCACAGACAGCGGAAGUUGUGGCGGAGAAACCUGCUGCGAAGCCAAUUCCACCCAAAUCCACCCGGCCACGACCGAAGAGUCGAAUGUCUCGUUAUCGGACUGCUUCAGCGCAGAGGCUUAGAAGACAGAGGCAAGCAGUUGCGCAACAGGCUGAGCAAACCCAUACAGUUGCUGAGGAAGGAGUAGUAUCAUCUGUGACACCCACAGAGCCAGGAGCAGCUGAAAGUGUAGGGCAGAGUGGCAACUGCCAAGGUGCAGACUCACCAUCAGUUUCGCAGGCAACAUCUCAGACUGUCCGAGCUAACCUUAAAUACCACAAAACUAAAAAGUACUUGGUUACAGAAUGGCUCAAUGACAAGAUAGAGAAACAUGAUUGUCCUAUUGAUCACCCCUUGCGGAUUACCACGGACCCAACUGUUCUGGCAACCACACUUAACAUGCUCCCUGGACUGUCUCAUUCUCCUUCCAUUUGUGUUGCUCCCAAACACUACAUACGCUUUGUGUCUCCUUUCAUGCCAGAACGGCGGCGAAGACCACCAAAAGCAGACGGGACUUAUGGCUCCUGUAAAAAGCGGUGGGUGAAACAAGCCAUGGAUGAUCUGAAAACUCAGCCCCUCAGCCACCCACAGGAAAAAACCCAAACUUUAUACCAAAGUAAUGAGAGUAGCCUCUCUUCUACCAACAGUACAGGCAUGACAGCCCCUUUUAAAAAAUGGAAGAUGAAAUAUAUCCUGGAAGAAAACUCUGGCACCUUAACAAGUCCUCUGUCGUUUGUCACACCUCCCCUGCUCCCAAACUCUUCAUCCACAGACUCCCUAAGUCCACUGCAGACAACACCAAGCUCUUCCCUACCUGGGGAAGAAGAGUCACGGUUCGGAUAUGGACUUAUGUUCUCUCCAAUUCCUUCCCUUGCUGCUAGCCGCUGUAAUACUCCACUACAGUUUGAGAACAUAUCCUCCCCAGAGACCUCCCCAGCGCAUAGGCCCGAGUCCCUGUCACCAGAGCCUUGUCUGCAGCCUGAUCUGGAGAUUCCGAAAGCCUGUUUCUUGGAUUCCACCGUUGAGAUCUGUCCCGAUCAAUCAUCCAUCAGCACUGGUCUCGCUGAAUUAGAUGGUCAGUCCCCCAGCACGUCUAUAACAUACAGUGGAGCAUCAGAUAAUAACUUAAUGGGGAAAGGUUCAGAAGGGUCCACGCUGCUAAGGACAUCAGAACUGGCUGUCCGGACAGAAUUCAGUUUAAUGUAUGCCUUCUCCCCCUUGAACGCUAUGCCGCGAGCUGAUGGCUCAUUACGGGGGUCCCCUCUUGUUGGAGAAAGGAAACCUUCCCAGUCAGAGGCAUAUUGUGGCUCUCCAGUAGAGGCCUACCAUGGAAAGCUUGGCACAGGACUUCUAAAAGAGGCGGCACAUGGGUCCAUGUCACCAUGCAGUGAACGGCUUUGUGAUGGUAUUCGAUCAUCACCACAAAACCCUCCACAAAGGAAAAAGGUGUCCUUGCUAGAAUAUCGCAAGAGAAAACAGGAGGCAAAAGAGGUGACUUCUUCCCCGGGUAGAGACUUGUUUCGAUGUGUGGGGACCCCAACUCGCCAGAGCAGUAAUGGGUCCUUAUCUGACACAGACAUGUCAAGUUCCCUGCACCUUCAAGCCCAGUCGUCUCCACAUAGCGGCUUCUCUUCUCCUGCCCAUCCCUCAAUGCCUCAGAUAGAGGACGUCAGCCCUCCAGACACAAAGACUUCAGGAUCGUCCAUGUCUCACUGCAAGCACUCUGAGAACAUCAGCAGCAGGUGGAUGGUCCCAACUUCAGUGGAAAGGCUGCGAGAGGGGCAGGGCAUUCUGGAACGGGCUCUACGCAGGUCACACCUUGGAGAACCUUCCCCUUCCAGAGACAACAGUGCAGAUAGAGACCCAGAGGAGGGAGACCCAGAGAUACCUAGCAUGGCUGUCACCAAAGGACCAAGUGUUUAUAGCCCUUCCAGAUACAGUUACCAGCAAGUCCUCCAGUGUGACAGUCCACAACCAGAGUCCCUCAACCUCCUUUCUCAGAGUUCAUCCCCCUUCCGAGGACCCGCAGCACAGUCCCUCGGCUACAGCUAUCGGACACCUCAAAGAGCAGGACAUACGACAGCUGAUUCCUCCGUAAUUUCCGGCUCCUAUUCAAGCCCUGCUCACACUGCUUCCGCGGACUCCCCAACCACCCAGUGUUCAGGUGGUUCUGGCUAUUAUAACAGUCAGCAGCUUUACGGGAGCAAUGCCGGCACAAGCCAGCCAAGGAAGAGCUUCCAUCACAGAGGCCCCAGCUGUGAGGCAAGUCCGGCUCAGUUGCUCAGGACAGACUCUCUACCCACAGACUCUCAGCCCAGCACUGGGGCAUCUAGCAACUCCAGCACCACACAAGGAUCAAGAUCAGACUCACGAACUAUUACGCUGCCCAGCCCUGGACACCAAAGUUCCAGGAUAUCUGCAAUGUCCAGUCCCCCACAACGUGUGACUGGGGUGCAACAGUACAGGCUGCAGCAGGUUCAAGGAUCAGGAGUGAAGUCUCAGACUGGCUUUUCCUAGAACUGAUAAUUCAGAGAGAACCAGGACAGGACAGCACUAGCCCAUCAGCCAUUCCGAUUCCCUCCACAAGAUGGGUGGGUUUAUUAAUGGCUCUGGCCAGCACCUAAGCAGCUGGGUUGUAUGAGUCUUAGACUUGAAGCAGGUGGAAAGUAGCCUUGUGAGUAUCGUACACCCCUACUUCCCACACACAAACAUUGCAGAGACUUUGCAAACCAUGAUCACAGGAACGAUGCGAAUAUUUAGCAUCAUGCAAUUAUUUUUUUUUCUUUUGUGUCACCAGAAAUCUCCUAGUCUCUUGUGCAGUAAGGACAAUUUUUUUUUACAUGAUUAAAAAAAAAAAAAAAAGAAUUCUUCAAAUUAAAAGUGAAAUUCAAAGGGGGUAGGAGAAGGGGUUUAAAGAAGCACCUAUUUUUGUAGCAUCGGGUUAUAACAUGUUGGGGGGCGGGAAGGGGGCAACAACAUUUAUGGGUGGGCUGGCAUCUUUUAUGGCCGUUCAUUCCGGGCACACACACGUUUGUACACCCUUCGCUCUGUUCUGGGGGUCACCACUUCUGAUUGGAUGUAGCAUUGAUGCAGAGAAUUACUGAAGUGAAACUAUGGUUUUGCUUUUGUUUUAUUUGUUGUUGCUGGGUUUUUUUUUUUUUUUAAAUUCUAUUUUUAUUAUGAUAUAUACAGAACAGAUAGCGUUGUAAAUCUGUGAGAAAUUGUAAGUUUCCGUGUUUAGCAAUUUUUACCAAAAAGCUAUAAAUCCCAGCAAACUGCAUGAAACUGAAGUUUUCCUCCAAAUCCAAUUAAUGGCCACUUUACUCUUUCAUUUCUAAAGAAUUGUACUUCCUACAGGGCAAUGCCUAUCCUAGCACAGUUUGUGUCUUUCUGUGCAGACUGAAAAAUCCUAGCGUUGUCUGCUCUGGAGAGUGUCAUAGGCUCUGUUUGAUAGGCCAUAAUCCCAGUUUUGCCUGGUCCUUAUUUUAGCUUCCUGUAGUGGGGAUCUAAAUCAGAGGGAAUACAGAAGAUUUACGCCUAGUCACCCAGGGAGAUCAUAACUGGGCCAGUGGUUCCAAACUGUGGGGUUGCCUUUCCCACAACGGUGAGCUUUUUGGAGAAUGCCUGUUUGCUCUCCUUCAUACACUUGAAACCAGUAUAAAGGUCAGUUAGAGUGAUAUUAGUCUGAAUGCUGCCCUGGAUAUUCUAGGAAAUAUGGCUGAUAUACCUCUAUCCGUAAAUUUACUAUGAGCUAUGGUGCGUCCUGACCAAAUGUUGAAACUCCAAGAUGAGCUGAAGAAAUCAACAACCACUGGCUUAGGCAAGGUAACAGUAAUAGGAACUGAGUGACAGUUGCAAACUGAUAUUUUAUGCAUCAAUUUCUUCUAUUUUUUCUUUAGAAUCUUCAUUGGAGAAGAAAUUGAAGGUAUAGUGGCCCUUAAAUGCCUAUGGGAUAUGUGUGCAGAAUAACUAAACACCAGCAAGGUGGCAGUUGGAAGAUUAUCUGCCUGUUGCCCCUUUAGCAGAGGAGACUAUUGAAAGUCAGCAGAGGGACAAGAUAAUUGGCCAAUCUAAAAGCUGCCCUAAUGCCGAAUGCUGAAGAAUUGUGCAAAAGCUGGUAGUUUUAAGGCUAAAUGUUUGCUGAUAGCAGUGAAACGCGUAGGCAGGGUGUGGUAUUUAUAUAUAAAUUCCAAUAAAUAUAUAAAUUCCAAGGGAUGCCAGCACUCACGAAAAAAUGAAUAAAUACGCCUGGGUGCAAGAUCAAGGAGAACAUUUACAAAACAGAGAAAAAGAUCAGCACUCACAGGUCUUAGAAAAAUAAAUAAUAAUUUAUUAAAGAAUAAAUAAUAAUUUAUUAAAGAACUAUGGACUAAUGUUUCGGCCCUUCCAGAGCCUUUCUCAAAGUUAAAUACACAUGUUGGCGGGAACAAACAACAAUGGUUACGUAUAUGUGUCGUCAUCUAAUAAGCGACUAUCUUCCAAACAUCACACUGGUGUCACAGUUUACAAUCCAUAAAAGGUUAAAACUUACCCAUAUAUACAUUAAGUGAAUAAUUUCCUAAAUGUAUCAUAAUAUCAAGUGAGACUAAAAACAAAACAUAUAUGUAACAUUAUUGACUCUAUUAGUAACUUUGUAUCUUUUCACAUAAAGGAUCACUCAAUAUAAGUUAUAUAGUUUCCUUAUAUUGAGUGAUCCUUUAUGUGAAAGAUACAAAGUUACUAAUUACUAGAGUCAAUAAUGUACACACCAGUGUGAUGUUUGGAAAAUAGUCGCUUAUUAGAUGACGACACAUAUACCUAACCAUUGUUGUUUUUUCCCGCCAACAUGUGUAUUUAAACAACUUUCACUGUUUGUUCAGUACUUUGAGAAAGGCUCUGGAAGGGCCGAAACGUUCGUCCAUAGUUCUUUAAUAAAUUAUUUAUUUUCCUAAGACCUGUGAGUUUCUCUGUAUAUAUAUAUAUAUAUAUAUAUAUAUAUAUAUAUAUAUAUAUAUAUAUCUGAUACUGUACUAUACACACUCUAAAGCAAGUGUAUUUGCUCUGUAAAAGGUUCAUCCAUGGUGUUGCUUACCCCUCAAUCCCCCCUGUCCAACAAUGUUGAGUUUUUAAUUAUUUUUUCUCCAAAUUCUGAAUGCUGUGUUGGUAUGAAGGAGAUGGCAGUUACAGAAGGCCCUUGUUCAGUUUUUUUUUUUACCCUAAGUUUCUUGCCGAAUCUUUCAAUCAGAUAAAAUACCAUUGGGGGGGAUGCCAAGUGUCUGCUGACUAGGGCUUUGGUAAAGGUUUUCUUUUACUUACCCUUUGUUUUUAGGAAAUACACAGU